AUGUCGAGCGACGAUGAAGAAUUCAGUGAUGUAGACGAAGAUGAAGAUUACUACGAUCCUGAUGAUACCGCUUUUGAGAAUGAAGAUGAUAUCGACGAGGACGAUGACUAUGAUGAUGACUAUGAGGAUGAUGACUAUGAAUAUGUUGGCAGUGAAAACUAUGGCGGCGGAGGUAUCUAUUUACAAACUAAUGCUCCAACCACCGGUGGUUUAACAAUUACCGAUAUCUUAACUAUAUAUCUUCAAAGAUCAAGAAUGCAAGGAACAAACAUGUCGAGAGCACCACCCGAAAACGAUGGAUCUGCACCACCUCCUAAAAUCGAUUUAGAUCUACAUACUGAUUUACCAAGAUCAACUGAUUUAUCGACAAAUAGAUACUUAUUCAAUAGAGAAAUACUGGGAAAGAAAAACAAUUCCGUCGAUAUUUCAUCACAUUUCCUUCCAGCCAAUAGCUUUAAGAAUAUUGCAAAGCUUUCAUCUAAAAUAUUCUGUUGUCAAUAUUUAAAUCAAGGAAAUACUUUUAUGAGUGCAAGUCAAGACAGGAUAAUAAGAUUUUAUGAUACAUCGAAUUGGGAGAUCAAGAAGAUGAUACAAGCACAAGAUAUAAAUUGGUCGAUUAUCGAUGUCGAUGUUUCACCCAAUCAACAGUCAAUGAUUUACUCAUCGUGGAGUCCGUAUAUCUAUUUGGUAGAUCUGACAAAGGAUGACGACGACGACGACAAUAUUCAUCCGAAUCAGAGACCACUCGAUCUCUUCCCAGAUGUCGAUCGGUUCUGUGUGUUCGGUUUGAAGUUCUCACACAACAGUACAGAGAUACUGGCGGGUGCGUCGAAUGGCUUGUUCUACUUGUACGAUUUGAUAGCGGGAAGUCGUGUCGCUCAGAUCUAUGGACAUGCCGACGAUACUUUGAUUCGAUGCCAUUUCUCACCAUUAGCAACAACAUCUCAAAAAUAUAUCUACACUGGAUCAGCAACUGGUGAAGUAUUUAUUUAUGAUUUACUAUCUGGUGAAUUGGUAGAUACAUUAAAUCAAGGUCAUGGUUUAAUUAGAGAUCUAUCGUGGGCACCGUACUCACCUCAACUAAUUUCCACUUCUUGGGAAGGAUAUAUUACAAAAUGGGAUGAUUGGUACGAUCAUAGAUACAACGAUGGAUUAUCAGUCGCAAAUUGA